CCAUUUACUUCGACAUCGCCCACGUUGUUUGUUCUGUUUCAAUUUCUGUCUCCUCCGCCGUGACUGUCAGCUGAGCGACGGCGAGCUCUCCCGGCGGAUCGAAUCGGAGGACGGAAAAGGUCGACGAAGGCUUGAAGCUGAAGAGGUCCCCGCCUUCCGAUGGCUCACCGUUCGGUGUUCGACGCCGGCGAAAUCACGUCGGAGUUCGACAAGGCCGGAAUCAGUUCUCACUUCAUCCCAUGCAUUUGGAAAUGGGUGGCGCGAAACCCUAGCUGCGAGUGGAGCGACAUACCGUCGUUGCCCUCCGCCGCGUACUCGCUGCUGAGUUCAAAGUUCAAGCCUUUGACCUCGACUCUUCACUCCCGAGUCGAUUCUAGCGACCAAGUCACCACCAAACUUCUCAUCAAGUUGCAGAAUGAAGCUUUUGUGGAGGCUGUGAUCAUGACAUACGAUACACGCUUAGGCAAAUACUGUGGGAAACCCCGUCCAGGAGGUCCCAGGUCAACUCUGUGCAUAUCGUCUCAGGUUGGUUGCAAAAUGGGGUGCAAAUUCUGUGCAACUGGAAGCAUGGGAUUCAAAAGCAAUUUAUCAUCAGGAGAAAUCGUGGAACAAUUGGUUCAUGCCUCUCAUAUAUCCUCUAUACGAAAUGUCGUAUUCAUGGGAAUGGGAGAACCUUUGAAUAAUUAUACUGCCGUAGUGGAAGCUAUCCGUGUAAUGACCAGGUCACCGUUCCAGCUGUCACUAAAGAGGAUAACUGUCUCAACGGUUGGUAUCACUCAUGCUAUUAGCAAGCUUCAUAAUGAUCUACCAGGCGUGAACUUAGCUGUGUCAUUGCAUGCGCCAGUUCAAGACAUCCGUUGUCAGAUAAUGCCUGCUGCUCGUGCUUUUCCUCUGGAAAAACUUAUGGACACAUUGCAAGUAUAUCAAAAGAACAGUAAGCAGAAAAUCUUUAUCGAGUACAUAAUGCUCAACGGAGUAAAUGAUGAAGAUCAGCAUGCCCACCAACUGGGCAAAUUGCUUGAGACAUUUGAUGUGGUUGUGAACUUGAUACCUUUCAAUCCAAUCGGCAGUAUUAGUCAUUUUAAAUCCAGCAGUGAUGUCGAAGUAUCAAAUUUCCAGAAAGUGCUUAGGGGUACUUAUAACAUCCGCACGACAGUUCGUAAACAAAUGGGUCAGGAUAUAAGUGGCGCAUGUGGUCAGUUGGUUGUGAAUCUUCCCAAUAAGAGAUCCUCAGUUAAUGCGGUGCUCCUAACUGACAUAGAGGAUUUGCAUCUUUGAGUUUGUCAAAUUUGUUUGAGGAAGUGUUGGAGACUGCAUUUUCUUGGACAAUGAAUUGAGAAACUUCUCAGACAGUAGAUCAGCAGGGCGGCUCACAAUUCAGGAUUAGAAGUUGCCCAUCAACUCUUCAAGCAAAGACUUUACCAGUUGCCGAACCAUGACUAGACAACCUAUAAUGAGUUGAAACCCCCAAUCCAAGGCAACUGAUGAGACUCACAGGUGCGGGAGAUAUGGUUGGCUAAUGUCAAUAUGCUCUUGCAUUCUUUCUGCUGAGAAGUGAUGCCACAAAAAUAUUUUUGAGCCCUGCUGACACUUUGCCCUAUUCCUUGGUGAAGUAUGAGGACCAGAUCGAGAUGCAGUAUUUGCAAUUGGCUUCACUUUGUAAUGAUUUUCUUACUCAUUUCUAGAUUUUCUUGCUGUAGUUCCCUUGUAUUGAGCCCUCUUAUUCAGGGGAUGCAUCGAUUUGAUUAUUCAGUAUGUCAUGAAUUUUUGCCUCA